CUCUCUCUCUCUCUCACAUACAUAAACACAACUGCUCAGACAUCUCUCCGAACUCUGAGGAAACAAAAGAGAUGAAGAGGUUUGUGGCGGGGAGUCUGGUGAGUGGGCUGAUCAGCUGCGGCGGCGGCGGUUACAUGUCGGCGGCUGAGAUGAUGGCGAGGCCUGGUAGCAUGCAGGGCGUGAUGAUGAAUAAGCAGCAGAGUCAACAGUACUACUACUGGAGGAGUAGAAUGAUGAGCUCGGGGGCGGAGAAGAGCAAAGAGGUUGUUAACGGAGGAGGAGUGGGAGCGAUCAAGGAAGAAGAGAAGAAGAAGAAUGGUGAUGAGGAGAAAGGAACGGUGGAUAGCUAUUGGGGGCUGUCUAGGCCUAGUAUCAAGAGACCAGAUGGUACCGAUUGGCCUUGGAAUUGUUUCAUGCCAUGGGACUCUUAUGAGGCAGACUUGUCAAUAGACGUGACAAAGCAUUAUGUGCCAAAGAAGUUUUUGGAUAAAGUUGCGUACAGGACCGUGAAACUUCUUAGAAUUCCAUCGGAUAUGAUUUUUAAGAGACGGUAUGGUUGUCAUGCAAUGAUGCUGGAAACAGUGGCAGCUGUUCCUGGUAUGGUAGGAGGAAUGCUGCUGCACCUAAGGUCUCUCCGCAAGUUCCAGCAAAGUGGCGGUUGGAUCAAAGCCCUGCUUGAAGAAGCAGAGAAUGAGAGGAUGCACUUGAUGACCAUGGUGGAACUUGUACAGCCCAAGUGGUAUGAAAGACUUCUGGUUCUCGCUGUGCAGGGAGUCUUCUUCAAUGGCUUCUUUGGUGUAUAUCUUCUCUCCCCCAAACUGGCCCAUAGAAUUGUUGGUUACCUGGAGGAGGAAGCAGUAUACUCAUAUACAGAGUAUUUGAAGGAAAUUGAUAGUGGUGCAAUUGAAAAUGUUCCGGCUCCUGCUAUUGCAAUGGACUACUGGAAGCUACCCAAGGAUGCAACCCUUAAGGAUGUUAUAAUUGUAAUUCGUGCUGAUGAAGCUCACCAUCGGGAUGUUAACCAUUUUGCUGCUGACAUUCACUUUCAGGGAAAGGAAUUGAGAGAGGCACCAGCCCCUGUUGGUUAUCACUAAGAUGUAAUUUGUGAAGAUUCAAAUAGAUAAAUUUUCAGACAUAUAUAGUCUUGAAUUGCAUAUGGUGAGGACUUUUGUCUAUAUGAUCAUGUAUUGUUUUGUCAGACGAGUUUGAGAGGAUGAAAUAUAUGGUAUGUGGAUUUUUAAAUCCAAUUUGGUUGACUUUAAUGACAGCUUCUCUAUAAUGGCGAUUUGUAAUUGCAUGUUUUUGUUGUGCCUGUCAAGCAUGUCAGUUAUUUUUAUGGAAGCAUGUUAGUAGUCUGCAAUCAAGAUGGGAAAGGCUUGUUAUUUACUAAAACAAUUGUAACUUG